CUGUCAUCCACAUCAACUCGACCCCCCUAAAAACACAAGCAGUAGAAUCAACGGAAAAACGCCAUGGCAGACAUUGGACAUGUCUUUCUCACGCGCAUCUGGCUCUUCCAGGCCAUCGUGGCCGGCCCCACGUUUGUGCUGCUCGGGAUUUUCGCCAUUGUCAACCUCUAUAGCACUUAUGACACCACGUACGACUUCGUGACGAACCUGUGCACCGCCAUCCUGGCCGCCGGCAUCAUCUUCAUCGUCCUGGUCCAGCAACAGCUCCCGGCAGCAGGGAAGAGGCUGACAUACCGUUUUGAGCUUGCCAAGUCGAUCCUGGCAACCGCGCUCUGGGUCUGGCUGAUGGCGGACGCGAUCUGGGGCCCUCAUGACCACGGGAGGUCAUACAGUGACCGGCGCCCUAGGAUCAUAGCCAGCGCCAUCUCCGUCAUUUUACUCCUUCUUCUCUUUUAUCCCACCGUCGUCUACGCAGGCUACCUCAGUCGACCGGCUGGAUCCGAACAGGACGGAGGGGGGCAAGAGCGGGUGCAGGAUGCGGCCGAACGGGCACCGUUACUCCAGAAUGAGUCGCUUUGAAACGGCUGAACAGAGUGGUGAUGAUUGUGAUUGUGCAAGUCCAUCUCGAGGGUGGGUUCAUCUAGCUUGAUCGGCUCAAUUGGUUAUUAUUAUUGUCUGUCCACUCUGUCCACUCAUCGGGGAGAAAAAGUGGCAUGGUCGGGUCCAGAUUCGCCGAGAAGAGCGCAUCGACUCGGCCGAGUUCGAAACUCGGGUCGAAGUGGUCGAAUAUUCCUGCAACGUCGGCGAAGUCAUUGAUGGUGUUUGGGUCUAGAGGCAUGGACGACGCAGUGUCGAGUGUAGAGUAGGCGUUGCUGACCCCAACUGGCGGCGGUGUCGCCGGCCGAUCGGGUGGCCCCAGGCGUGACACAUCAGAUAAUAGAUUGCUCUGCUCCAUCC